AGCGGUCGAUCUAUUAGUGGUUGUGUUAGAAUGUGCACAUGAUGAAUUGAGGCGUUAUUUUUUCAUUGUCUCGAUGAAAUAAAAUCUUUUAUUGAACACAAAUAUAGAAUUCAUAAAUAAAAUUUAACAACUACACACAUAUUCAUCAUGACAAUAAAUUAGAGGUAAACAUUACUGAGUAUUUCUUUUUUACAAAAUAAAAAUUCGAACAAAAUAUAUUGAAAGAUUUGGCGCAAAUUUUAUAAGCCUACGUCAUUUUUAAAAUAUGUAAACGUCAUAAAUGAAAAACGGCUCGGUGCCAUGAAGCACAAGGGAAAAUUUAUUUCUGUGCGAAAGCAAAAUCGCUUGGAAAAUUUAAAACGAAAGGAAAACACUUCCGUAAAUGAUGGAAAGAAGGAGCAAAAAGGCACAGAUGAACAAAAAGACAAAAAUGAUUCCUGGACCGAGGGGAGAAGAAUAGUAGAGCUAAGCGUAUUGGCUCAAGGUUUGAAGGAGUGCGUUUUCUGCAAAGACAACUUAAGAUUAGAUGCUUGUGUUGACGAGACAAAGUAUGGAUUGGCGUCUAUUCUGUACGUAAAAUGUGUAAAAUGCAACAACUUGAAUUCAGUGCCUACCGGUAAGAGACACACAACGAAUGUGGAUGGGAAAGGACCGCCUAGAUGCUUUGACGUUAAUACAAAGCUUGCUGCAGCAAUGCUGCAUGCUGGUAUUGGUGAACAGCAGGUUAACAAUAUCCUCGCAGAGCUUAACCUUCCCUCUAUUCACCACAAAACUCUAAAAGAACGGGAAAGAGAAAUAGGAUGUGUUAUGGAGGAUAUCGCAGAGAAUUCUUGUAAUGCUGCAAUACAGGCUGAAAUCAUUUGUUCUAAUAGACCAUAG